UUAACCUGCUCCAUGACUGUAUCUUAGAUAGAUAGGUAGAUAACGUUACUAGAUAGAGUCUUGUCUUGUGAGGAAUAAUCUUCAGCAUUAUAAUUUUGACAUUUUCACGCGAGUCAGAACAAACAGGAAAUAUAGAAAUAGACAGUGAACUCUGGACUGGGACCACUCAGCAGUAGGCUAGUAUAGUAAGUGGGCCGACCUUGUUACCAGGCUGCGACCAAUCAUUGUAUUCUUCUCUACUGACAUCAAACACAACGUGAGCAGCGGUACGAGCAGUGCGACGGGAUCUGUGCUAGUACGUGUGCCAGAUAAGUCUGUGGAAUUUUGACAGAUGGACUGGCCCUUUCACAAUGUCCCAGAAUUGAUUGUACCAUCCACUCUAUGAAAAAGCACCUCCUGAAAAAAGACCCCCAUGUGUAUCAUCUUCUUCAAGUUUGACCCACGGCCUGCAUCCAAAAAUGCAUACAGGCUGAUCUUGGCUGCCAACCGAGAUGAAUUCUACAACCGUCCGUCCAAGGCUGCAGACUUCUGGGGCUCCAGCAAUGAGAUCCUUAGUGGCCUGGACCUGGAGGAGGGGAAGGAAGGUGGCUCAUGGCUGGGGAUCAGUAAGAGGGGCAAGCUGGCCGCACUGACCAAUUACCUGGAGGGCCGGCAAAAUCCUGAUGCACAGGGAAGAGGCUUUUUGGUGUCCAACUACUUGACGGACAAUUUGGACAGCUUCUCUUACCUUCGCAAGGUGUCCAACGAAGGGCAUCUCUACAAUGGCUUCAACCUCCUAACGGCAGAGUUCAAGGCCAAUGAAGACACGGUGUGUUACUAUGGAAACAAAGGCAGUUCGGAACCCAUCCGUCUGAAGCCAGCAGGAAUCUACGGGCUGAGUAACUCCCUCUUGGAGACGCCUUGGAAGAAGCUGCAGCACGGCAAGCGGCUCUUCUCCAACGUGGUUGGGCGCACACUGCCCCCCGAUGGCAUGGUGCAGGAACUGCUGCAAAUUCUCAACAACGAGGACCUACAGUCUCCUGACCCAGCGCAGGAGAGUCAGGGAGAGGGCUACAGUAAGCCCAUGCUCCGCUCGCUGUCUGCUGUGUGCGUCCGAGCCACAGGAUAUGGCACAAGGACCAACACAAUUAUCCUCAUCGAUGCAGCAGGGAACGUGACCUUCACAGAGCGCACCAUGAUCAACUCGGACAUCAGCCGGUGGAGCACCAACUCGUUCCAGUUCCAACUGAACGAGUGAACAACGGACGAAUGCUCGGGGGGGGAUAUUACGCUGUGCCUUCUUGGAAAUCUCUCCCCACCUCUCCUCCUAGCCCCACACCUCACUCUCACAAGCCAUGACCGCCUGUGUUACUGCAUGAGAACGGAGGGUGUAAGGUAGAAGAGGUGGAAUCCAAAUGAGUUGUCACUGCUUUGUGAGCCGGACUGGUUGCACUAUAGAAAUCAUGUUAUGGAAACCAUAUGUAAGCUUUGCUUGGAUAUGCUGCUGAAGGUGUGGAUACAACAGAGCUACAUCAUUUAUAAUUACAGGAUUUUUGUUAUCAUCACAUAUUAUUUGAAACAAUAUUAUUAUCAUGAUUUUUUAUUGAAUAGAAAUAAAACAAUAUAUCUCAACAAUGUGUGGACUUAAUGCUUUCUGCCAAAGAAAUUAUGUAUUUUCCAUUUUGGAGACUAACAACUAAUGUAACUUUGAUGUUGCUGUAAUGAUUUGAUUAUGGAUUGUGGAAAGAAAUGUGAUACCACAGGAUAGAUGAGAGAUUCUGACCGUUCUAAAAAUCUCCAACCAUGUUAAAUUGAAUCAAUCAGUUCUCUUGAUCAUUGACUGGUAAAUUUCAGUAAUGAUGUAUUGGUCCACUUUUUAGGCUUCACUGGACAAUGAUGUUCAAAACUACAUGUUAAGUGUUUACACUGAAGCAAAGCUAGUUUUUACCAUAGUGGCAAAAAGGUCUUGGACUAUGAUGCAAUUCUUGGCAGGAAAUAGGCUCUCCUAAAUCAAAAGAACUUUGAAGCAAGAGUAUAUUUGAAUUGUAUUGUUCAGGAUAAAUCAUGAGAAACAGAGGUGUUGUCCCUUAUCCCUGUCCCACACCCCUACAAAUUGUUGCACACUUUCUUUGCUUUCUGGGCCACACUGUUUCUCAGUAACACCAGACAGAAAUUUUCCUGACUUUUUUUGUAACCGUAGGAAUGGGAACACUGAGUGUCCUCUCACAACUCAGGAGACUAUUCUGAAACGCAACAGUUUACCCAUCAUGCCUUGUGAAUAUGUUAAUAAAAAGCACUUCCUGAAGCAAAAA